AUGGAUCCAAGGCUGUACCGAUAUGCAAUCUCCGGUGAUAUUCACUCCCUCAAGGAGCUUCUCGAUAGAGAUUCGAGCAUACUCCUGAGGUGCACUCCCCAAGGAAACACGGCCCUCCAUGUUGCUGCUAGAUCUGGAAAAAGGUCAAUGUUCGCGGAGAUCUAUAGUCGAUGCAAGUCCCUUCUCAUGCAGCCGAAUUCCGAAGGAGAUACUCCUCUGCAUGUAGCUUCAGGGGCUGGCCAUCUCUCUGUUGUGAAGUUUCUAGUCAUAGAGAUCACAUCUACCUCUCCUUCUCAGCUAGACAUUGAAAGCGGCUGCAACUGCAACUUCGAGAUGCUAAGAUGGGAAAAUAGAAGGAACGACACAGCCCUGCAUGAGGCGAUCAGGAAAGGUCACUCACAAGUCGCUAGGUUGUUAAUAAAAGCCGAUUCUCGCCUUCUACUUCACGAAAAUCGUGUGGGAGAAUCCCCAUUGUACCUGGCUGCUAGAGGGGGCAUGAAAGAGAUUGUAGAUUGGAUCUUGACAUCGUGCCCUUUAUCUGUUCACGGUGGAUCAGACGGCCAAACAGCUUUGCACGCUGCUGUGAGCGCGAGAUAUUCUGAUAUAGUGAAAACCCUCAUAAGAGCAAAGCCGGAGCUGAUCAAAGAAGUUGACCACCAUGGCAGGACGCCUCUCUACUAUGCCGCUUUUUCUGGAUACCACAAAUUGGUCCAGCAGCUGCUAGAGCUGGACAUCUCGACUGCAUAUGUUGUGGACACAGAUGGCUUUUCGCCGCUUCAUGCAGCAGCAAGUAAUGGCCAUGCCAAGGUCAUAAAAGAGAUUAUGCGGCUAUGCCCAGAUGCUGGAGAAUUGGUAGACCAAAGGGGCCAAAACGUUCUUCAUGUUGCAGUCCUAAGCGGGAGAGCAAACGUUGUCAGAUAUAUAUUGGACACUGUCGAGCUCGAGGGCCUAAUAAAUAUGUCUGAUCACAACGGCAAUACUCCUUUGCAUCUAAGUAUCAUGGAAAGGAGAAGUUGGAUUGCAGCUUACCUGUUGUGGGAUGUGAGAGUUGAUCGAACUGCUCGAAAUAUGAAAGGCGAAACCGCCUUCGACAUGGAUGAGCCAACGAUGGAAGCACGUGUAGUUCCUUCAAUUGCGAUGGUGAACCGGCGACAACUACGCCUCCCUCAACAUUGGGAUUUCCGAAGGGGAAUUCUCCCUGGUACAAAUGAGCAAAAAGCCGUUGUCUUGGAUUCAGAACAAUCUUACAAGCAAAAUUGUCAGACGUUAUUGAUGGUCGCGGCACUCAUCACGACCGUGACGUUUGCAGCAGCUUUCACAAUGCCUGGCGGCUAUAAUGCUAAUGCCGGCCCAGGCCAAGGAAUGGCCCUUCUCCGGUCAAGCGGACAUCUCAAGUGGUUCGUCAUCUCUGACACUGUCGCGAUGACCUGCUCUAUAAUGGCUGCUUCCCUCAUCCUAUGGGGCGCUGCUUUCGGCGAUAGACCUUACGUGCAUUGCUAUGUGAUCGCGGCUGUGUUGACAUGCAUUGCGCUGCAGUCGACUGCUAUAUCGUUCGUGACGGGUCUUGUGGCUGUUUUACCUGACCAAAGAUAUGUCCACACAAUGGCUUCCAUAGUUGCCUACACCUUCUAUGUUAACACUUGCUUGUUUCUCUUCAGACUGGCACAGAUUAUUUCCUACUCUGAGAUCUGCCUCUUCAUGGUUUCCCGCCUCAGAAGGCUCAAGUGCAUCAUCAAUUCCCAAAUACGUGUUCAACGUGAGACAUCGACUUCCAAGCACGUGUUCGCGAGUCAAUUGGGGGCAUUGACAUUGGGGGACUUCAGGCACCAACCGAGCUUCUCGAUAGAGAUCCGAGCAUAUGUUGUGGACACAGAUGGUUUUUCGUCGUUUCAUGCAGCAGCAAGUAAUGGCCAUGCCAAGGUCAUAAAAGAGAUUAUGCGGCAAUGCCCAGAUGCUGGAGAAUUGGUAGACCAAAGGGGCCAAAACGUUCUUCAUGUCGCAAUCCUAAGAGGGAGAGCAAACGUUGUCAGAUAUAUAUUGGACACUGUCGAGCUCGAGGGCCUAAUAAAUAUGCCUGAUCACAACGGCAAUACUCCUUUGCAUCUAAGUAUCAUGGAAAGGAGAAGUUGGAUUGCAGCUUACCUGUUGUGGGAUGUGAGAGUUGAUCGAACUGCUCGAAAUGUGAAAGGCGAAACCGCCUUCGACAUGGAUGAGCCAACGAUGGAAGCACGUGUAAUUCCUUCGGUUGCGAUGGUGAACCGGCGACAACUACGCCUCCCUCGACAUUGGGAUUUCCGAAGAGGAAUUCUCCCCGGUACAAAUGAGCAAAAAGCCGAUGUCUUGGAUUCGGGACAAACUUACAAGCAAAAUUGUCGGACGUUAUUGAUGGUCGCGGCACUCAUCACGACCGUGACGUUUGCAGCGGCUUUCACAAUGCCUGGCGGCUAUAAUGCUAACGCCGGCCCAGGCCAAGGAAUGGCCCUUCUCCGGUCAAGCGGACAUCUCAAGUGGUUCGUCAUCUCUGACACUGUCGCGAUGACCUGCUCUAUAAUGGUUGCUUCCCUCAUCCUAUGGGGCGCUGCUUUCGGCGAUAGACCUUACGUGCAUUGCUAUGUGAUCGCGGCUGUGCUGACAUGCAUCGCGCUGCAGUCGACUGCUAUAUCGUUCGUGACGGGUCUUGUGGCUGUUUUACCUGACCAAAGAUAUGUCCACACCAUGGCUUCCAUAGUUGCCUACGCCUUCUAUGUUAACACUUGCUUGUUUCUCUUCAGACUGGCACAGAUUAUUUCCUACUCUGAGAUCUGCCUCUUCAUGGUUUCCCGCCUCAGAAGGCUCAAGUGCAUCAUCAAUUCCCACAUAGUGAACAGAUGA